CAAGCGUUGCAGAUACAUUGACGCCAGUGAAAUAAUUUAGAAUUAAGGGGCGGCUAAGGAGGAAACAACGCAAGAAUAAGGGAGGGGACAAGAGGGGUCAGAUAAAGCGGUUGACCGUCGCCCCUUCAAUGACCCGCGAGAUAUCGUUCCACUAAAUUCACUGACGGACCUCUCAGUCAGUCAAAUGCGUGGCCUGUGGACUAUUGCAGGUGACAGUGAUCGCUCUUUCUUGCCACGCUUAGCAGUUAAGAUCCUUUGUGAAAAGUGGAAAUGCAGUUUCUAAAAUUAGUCAUUUUCUUUGCCUCUUGUAUUUUGACUUGCUUGUGUAACGUUCAACAAUAUUCUGGAAAAAAUGAUACGGCAGCACAAAUAGCGCUUGGCGAGAAACGACUUGGAGAUCAUAUUCGCGCGAUCUUGAAGCACUAUCAGCAAGAUGAUCCGGUGGGGCUACCUGGGGCACCAAUACCGGAUCCCAUGUCCGUGCCGGAUAUGAAACAUUCGUUUUCCAUUUACACGAUGAAUUUCAAGCAAGUGAACGUCUAUGGCCUCGCGAAAUUUCGGAUAGUGCACAUGGAGUCUGAAUUGGCGCUGAUGCAAGUUUCCGUAACGUUGAGUAUCGAAACCCUGGAUAUUCGUGGACUGUACACUCUCUCAUCUUGGCUGUCACGAUCCGCCGGUAAUUUUACUGUAAAAUUGACGGGGGUAAAUGUCCAGGGUAUAGCGAGACUGGAGGUCGGUGACGAUGGUAAAUUGCAAGCUUCAGACAUCGACAUGGACCUGACAUUCGAUAAAAUAGACAUGGACUUUAAGAAUUUGGGCUUCCUGGGCUCCGUUUUUCAAGGAGUAAUCAACUCUAUAGGGACCUUUAUUUUCGACAGUAUUAAACCUUUCAUAUUGAAGGAAGUCAAUACUAACAUACGGGGCGAAAUUAACAAACAAAUAUCGCAAUUGCCACAGUAUUUCCCAAACUCUAUAUCGCCUUUUGAUAUGGCAGUAGCAGAAGCACGUAAGCAAGUGUCUCAAAUGGGCUACGAUCCGUACAAAGUCAAUGAUUACAGUCAAACUGUUGGCAUGUUCACCGUGACGUCGACUCACACGUGGAUCACUGGUCUGUCGAGCUUUUAUCGGAUGGGAAAUAUUACACUGAGCAUGGAAAAUGGAACAGUAUACGCGUUAAUUGAUGUUGGAACCCAAGAGAUUGAAGGGAGAACACAUUGGGAAGUAAGCGUGAUCGGUGGAUUCUUAUCGAGAGCCGGUACGGUUUCCCUUACGAUACAAUAUUUUAGGGUUCAAUUAAAAUUGGGCCAACCUAUCGAUACCCGAAAAAAGCCCAUCCUUGAAGAGCUUGACCUUGAGUUGGGUAACAUUCAAGCUAGAAUUCAUGGUGCCGGUACCAUCGAUUAUUUACUGGAAGCUGGUGUCAACGUACUGCCAAACAUUUUAAGAUACCAAAUAAUGGACGCAAUAGAGGGACCACUUAAAAGGCGCAUACAAUUUGAGUUAAACAAAGUGAAUGUUGAAAAACUAAUUUAUGAAAAAAUUCCUGACAUUGAGGAACAAGUUAGGAUCAUUCAAGGUUUAAUUCCUGCGGAAGAAACUACUUUAGAGGAACCGAUACCUCCACCGGAUCAGGACGAACAACCAUUUUCAGAAAGUGAAGAAAAUCGCGGACCUUCGUAGAGAUUAAUCGUCUAUCGAACAACUCCAUAAAUACUUUCUCUAGUAUUUAGAUUAUUAUUUAUAUUAGAUAGAAUGAAUUGAAAGUAUUGAUAAAAAUAUUUUAAACGAGAGAAAAAUCGUGAUUAUACAUUACAUGUUGUGUUUUUGUAAAUACUUUUACAUUUUACGAAAUACAAAUACCUCUACAUACUA